GAGCAGUCGUCGUGUUGCUCGAUGAUGGUUUGACACAUCAUCCCAAAAUUGGCACAACCUGGCGCUCGGAUAUUACAGUCUUUUCUUUUAAUCCAGUAUAAACCUGCGAGGCUGUUUUCUUAUUAGCGAGAAGUAAACGUACGCUUUUUUCAUGGCAAGUCCAAGAACUCGAAGAGUUUUACAGGAAAUCCGACCAAAAGAUGAAAAUAGUACAUGUUUUGAGUGUGGUGUUCACAAUCCACAAUGGGCUUCUGUUACAUAUGGAAUAUGGAUCUGUUUGGAAUGCUCAGGCAAACACAGAGGGCUAGGUGUGCAUUUGUCAUUUGUAAGAUCAAUCACCAUGGACAAGUGGAAAGAUACUGAAUUAGAAAAGAUGAAAGUUGGUGGAAAUUUGAAUGCUAGACUAUUCUUUGAGACCCAAAUGGAUUGGAACCCUUCUAUGCCACUUGCACAAAGAUACAACACUAAAGCAGCUGCUCUUUACAGAGACAAAAUUUCUGCUUUGGCUGCAGGCCGAACAUGGAACAUAGAAGCAUCUGAAGCAAAAAAUUAUGAAGCAAGCAAUAUUUCCCGAAGUCCUUCUGUAUACAAUGCCAGUUCACAGUAUGAAUCUAAAACUAACCGAAGCCUUCACAACAGCUCUUCUACACCAAACUUUGAAUCUGGUCAAAAUCUGUAUUCAGAAUCUGUGUCAGGAACAUCAGGUGGAUAUCAGAACUUUAAGGAUCAGAAGGAAGCAUUUUUUUCUAAGAAACAAUUGGAAAAUUUUUGGCGUCCUGACAACCUACCCCCAUCACAAGGGGGAAAAUAUUCAGGUUUUGGAAACUCUGCAUACACUCCCUCUCGGAGUUCAAGCACGGAAGUUUAUGAUUCUCUUGCCACCGGGUGGUCAAUGUUUUCUGUUGGAGCCUCUAAACUAGCCGAAAGUGCGCUAAAAUUUGGAGAAAUUGCCUCGCAGAAAGUUGUUCAGGUUUCAGAAACAGUCGGAGAAAAGGUAAAAGAAGGAAGACUUUUGGAUGAUGUAGCAUCAUCCGUGACAAAUGUUGCCACAAAGGUUACCGAAAUGAGUCGUAAAGGCUGGGCGAAUGUUACCUCUGCGCGUAGUGACUAUGACGAGCCACCUCGCAUUUCGGGUGAAAGGUCAUCGCUUCUAUCUGGAAAUGGGAGCGGAGCGGGAUAUGCACCAUUAUCUGGUGGAUGUUCUCCCGGCUACCAAGAGAAUUCUUUCGCGCCACCUACUGUAAGCCAAGGAUUCAAAGGGAUUGGCACUGACGAGUAUUUCUCAAACAGUGGUAAUGCAGAGGACUCUGGUGAAUGGGUCUGGUCGAAUGCCGCGGGAAGUAAGGACAACACUGAAAGCAAAAAUGUUGCCAGAAAGGGAUCAAGUAACGAAAUUAGCGACAAUUUACUAAUUGAUUUUGGAGAUAAAAAGGGUACUAAAAGUUCCACUAGUGCUGUAUCUGCAACCAAAACUAAAACUGCAGAAGAAGAGGCAUGGGAUAUGUUGAAUAGUUGAGUUUGCUUCAUAUAUUUAGUUGCAUUCCAUUACCCUUUUUGCUAUUUAGCAGCAUUGUCUCAAAAGAUGCUUUUCAUUGAAUGUUUUUUAAUGUUAGGUUAAGUUAUCUGUAAGUUAACCUUCACCUAAUUCAUAUAAUGGGAUGGCCUAGAUAAUAUCUUGGCAAAGUUUAAACUCAACAACAAGUGAAAAAUAUAUUGCUUAUGAAAG